AUGAGCCGGACGGGCGCGGGCGGCAGCUGUGAGGCGGCCGGAGGCAGGUGCGGCUCAUCCGCGCCCCCGGCAGUGAAGAGCGCGGCGGGCGCUUCCGGGGCGGGAGGGGCCCGCGGUCCUCGCGGGCUUCCCGCAGCUGCGGCGGAGGAAGCGGGGCGGAGUCCCGGCGCGUGCGGGCCAGGCGGCCGCCCGUCGGGCUGCGGCGGAGGAAGCGGGGCGGAGUCCCGGCGCGUGCGGGCCAGGCGGCCGCCCGUCGGGGCGGGUCUGCGGCUGUUGCUCGCCGGCGGCCUCCUGCAGAGCCUAGGUGAGCCCGGGCGCCCAGGCUGCGGGCCGGGGCGAGUGCUGGCGACGGAGGGAGACUUCCUGACUCCUUCGGCCGCGGAAAAGCAAGGGGCUGACCUGUGGAUCCCUGCGGCUGAUGUCAAAAGUACUGCAACUGUCUUGGAUUCUGGGUUCUUCUCUGGAAUCACUCCCUGGAGAGACUCAACAGUUGGUGGACCACCGUGGCAGGUCUCCCUGAAAUUAGGUGAGCAUCGCUUCUGCGCAGGAAGCUUGAUCCAAGAUGAUCUGGUUGUCACAGCCGCACACUGCCUGGAUGGCCUCAAUGAGAAACAAAUUAAGAGUCUGACUGUGACUGGGGGGCAGUACAACCGCUUUCAGAGGGGUCAACAAGAACAGAAGAUUCCCGUCUCAAAAAUGAUUAUCCCUCCUGAGUACAACAGAUUUGGAUAUGUGAGCUCUGAUAUCGCCCUGCUGUAUUUAAACCACAAAGUCAGGUUUGGAAAAGCUGUUCAGCCAAUCUGUCUUCCCCAUAAAGAUGAUAAAUUUGAAGCAGGGACUCUUUGCAUGACCAGUGGAUGGUGCAAGAUUUCAGAGACAUCGGAAUAUUCAGCUGUCCUCCAAGAAGUGGAGCUUCGCAUCAUGGACGACAGAACGUAUAGUGCUGUGCUCACGGGCAUGGACUCUCCUCUCCUGGGGAGGACGGUGAUGUGCGCCAGCUUUCCUGAGGGGGUGAAGGCGGCCUGCCAGGGAGACUCUGGAAGUCCGUUUGUUUGUAGAAGAGACGAUGGAAUCUGGGUCCCUGCUGGGAUAACUUCCCAGGGAGCUGGUUGGAACAGAGAUUGGCCAACAAGAAAUAACCAGAGCCGGGCAUCACCUAACAUUUUCUCCAAGGUAUUUGAGUUGAUGGAUUUUAUCACUCAGAAUGUGUUCACAGAUUGUAGAUCUCAGGGAAUGGUGUUAUUUGGAGAAAAUGGGAAUAUUCGUUACCCCCAUUCCGAAGAAAGCAGCUGUUCUCAUAAUUGCUUGUGUAUGUGGAAAAUAAUGGUACCAGAAGAUAAAAUUAUCCUGAUAAAAUUUACAAGUUUAAAUAUACAAAAUCAAGUUGGAUGGGACCAUGGCUACAUAUCUUUACAGUCAAGCAACAGAGUGCUUAUUAGUAAGGUCUGUGGAGAUAUAUUGCCUUCACCAUUGCUGACAGAGACCAGUGAGGCCACAGUUACAUUUGUUUCUGAUACAGAAAACAGCGGCAGCAGCUUUGAGCUUACAUUUACUGCUGUUCGGAAGAACUCAGAAGCUGGCUCCGGCUGUGGGAGUGUGGCUGUAUUGGUGGAAGAAGGGGUGAUUCAUUCUGCCAGUUAUCCUGACUCGUACCCCGCAAAUGUAAGGUGUCACUGGUUCAUUCGUGCUCCAGAGAAACACGUUAUAAAGUUGGAAUUUGAGGACUUUAUCACUGAAUUUAGCCAAAACUGUAUUUACGAUGCUGUUGUGAUUUGUGGUGAUCCUGAAGAGGAGCACGAGUUAGCCAAACUUUGUGGAAUCUUGAACCCUACUCCAAUAUUCAGUCCCAGAAACAUGAUGGUGGUUCAUUUUAAAAGUGAUGGUGAAAAUAACUUCCGAGGCUUCAAGGCUAGAUUCACCUUUUUGCUCUCAGACUCUUCAAACCAAAUUGGAUCAACUUCAUCUCCCAAAACCAAUCCCGUAUCUUCUGCAAAGGCUAUCCCAUAUGGCGUCUGUGGCAUCCGUCCAUUUAUUGUCCAGUGGCUUUCCAGAAGAGCUGUUGCGGGGGAGGAAGCCUGCCCCCACUGUUGGCCACGGCAGGUGGGGGUGAGGUUUCGAGGCAGUCACCAGUGUGGAGGUGCCAUCCUCAACCCAACUUGGAUCCUCACUGCAGCCCACUGUGUGCAAUUGAAAAAUAAUCCACUCUUCUGGACCAUUGUUGCUGGAGACCAUGACAGAACCCUGAAGGAACCAACUGAGCAGGUGAGAAGGGCAAAGCACACUGUGGUGCACGAAGAAUUUGAUAGACAGAGCUCUGACUCUGACAUCGCCCUAAUACAGCUGAGCUCUCCUCUGGUGUUCAACUCCAUAGUGAGGCCAGUGUGUCUCCCACAAAGCACGGAACCACUCUUCUCCUCCAAGAUCUGUGCUGUGACUGGAUGGGGAAGCUUUAGUGAAGAUGGCGGCCUAGCAAGACACUUACAGCAGAUUCCGGUGCUUGUGUUAGAAAGAGAGGUCUGCAACGCUUACUGCUCUCACCCCGGAGGGGUCACAGAGAAGAUGAUCCGUGCGGGCUUUGCAACCUCCAGAGGGAAGGGUUUCUGUCAGGGAGACUCUGGUGGCCCAUUAGUAUGUAAACAUGAAAAUGGUCCCUUUGUCCUGUAUGGUAUUGUCAGCUGGGGAACUGGCUGUGCCCAAACAAGGAAACCAGGUGUAUUUGCCAGGGUGAGUGUCUUCUUGGACUGGAUCCAAUCCAAAAUCAGAGGUCCUGCUUCACUUCAGAUAAGUAAUGAAAGAAAACCUUUAACAAGACAACCGUUGCUACCCCCCACACCUUCAAUGGACAAUGAGUCUGGACCGGGUUGUUAUUUUGAAGUGGAGCUAGAAGAACCUAGAGGCUUUUUUUCAACUCCAAGAUAUCCACUGGAUUAUAGAGGGAAACUGGAAUGUUCUUGGGUGCUCAGAGUUUCACCAAGCAGUAUGGCCAAAAUGACGGGGGAAUAUCUAUCACUCUCUGGGUCUCUUAUGUGUCCAGAUUCAGUUAUGACAAUUUAUGAAGAAAGCCACAGUGAGAGAAGGGUGUCAGGCGAAUUAUGCAGAAGAGGGUUUUACCCAAUGAUUUUCAUGAGCCCCGGACCACUGGUGAGAGUGGCAUUUCGUUCCCUUGUGCAAGGUGCUUUCGGCAUAAGUUACAUUGUCUUUAGAGUCCCAGGUCCAAAGGGUAGUAAAACACCCAAAUUUCUCCAAAGUUCAAACCAAGAACACGUGGCCACUUGUGAGGAUGUUAUUCUAAUGGAACCAGGAGGAAUCAUUCAGAUCCCAAGAUUCUCUCACGGAACCACUCUGAGUUGCCACUGGAAGUUAUUAGCCCCUUGAAAUCACAUCGUUCGCCUUGAUAUUAUCAACUUCCAGAUGAAGUCAACGCCCUUGGCCUGUCAGGGUCAUAUAUGGGUUUAUGAAGGAUUUGGAUCAGGCAAAAAAUUCAUAGGAAAAUUAUGUGAAGGAAAUUCACCUUCAUUAAAAUCUCAUGGUCCUCUAAUGAUGUUGAUUUUCACAUACAACGUCAGUUUGGCCAUGGAAGAAUUUUCUUUGAGAUAUUCUUUUCAUAUUCCUGGCAUUGGUCUUAUCAAAGUUACCAAUGACGUCCCCAAGUCCAGAUCUAAUAGUUCCUUCUCUGCCCCAGCGGCAUUUGGCCCAGAUAAGCUUACCUACCUUUUGGAAUCUACUUGUCGUGGUCUCAAGGAAACGACUCUACUUGGCUGUCCUCUUACCUCACUGAUCUUGUCAGAACCCCUUGGCUGGUUGCUCUUCGUUUCCUGUACCACUAAAGGUAGAGGUGCCCCUGGACCCAGUCUUUGA